ACACACACCACACACGCACACGCGACUAUAGAAAGCACCAGAGGAGAUGAAAUGUACAGUACCGUAUGUGGGUGUGCGUGGGUACUACGUGUAUGUGCGGAGGCAUUGGGUAAGAAGCUGUGUGGCGUACAUCCGAUCAAAUAGGCUUUCAUCGGGUGCGGCAGUGACUAGAUUCAAAGAACAAUCAGAUGCUUAGUCUAAGGAAAAACAUGGCUACGCCUUCGAUGGAAUUCAGGAUGUAUCUUGCUAUCACACUGACUCUAUUCUUAUUUGCCUCGGUGAACUGCCAGACGCCAUCCACGGAUGAUGAGAGCUCUUUCGUAUCACCCUAUCAAGAUAAAGAUCUGGAUGAACAAUCUUCAAAUACAAAGGCGCCAACUUCUGCAGAUGAAACAACGCAGGCAGCACAAGAGCUGACAACCUCGUCACCUGCUGAUCGCGCCGAUUUCACUAUCCGUGACGACAAUGGCAAAGCAUGUAUCCGUGCCUGUUUCUCUGCAGUCUUUAAUGUAUUCUACACGAAGAAACAGAACAAAAAUGCUCAAGUUAAAGUCCCUCUCCCGUCGAAGGCUACUGCUAUAGGAACAUGUGGUUCUGUGAAUGACCAUGCUUUACUGACCAUCCAAUGGAAUGAAGGAAAGUUCAACCUCAAAUUCGCCUUUGAGAAUAAAACAGAAAACGGUAAAGAAAGCUGGAAGGUUAAAAAACUUCAAUUUUCAUACAAUACAAGCGAUGAUACAUAUUUCGAGGAUGCUGCCGGAGGUGGGAUGAAAACCGUGCAGAGCGAAGACGACGAUGAUGACAUGUUCAAGACACCAGCUGAGAAGUCGAGGAAGUGCGAAACGGAGGACGACAUCGAGCUCGUGGGCAUAGGGAACAGUACAGACAAGGCAAUACUAGAACUAAGACAGUUGCAGUUACAACCAUACCAUCUUUUAAAUGAUUCAUUUAGUAAAGCGCAACUGUGUAAAAACGACAAGGAGGCUCUAGGAACUAACAUCGCAUCAAUAGCCGUGGGCGCCACUUUGGCUCUCGUCAUUCUAGUAGUGAUUACUGGAUAUGCAAUAGGUCGUAGGAUGGGUGCCAUCACCGACAGAACCUCGUACAGUUCUAUGGAGUAAUAAUAUACAGCGUGUGGCUGAUUGCUCCAACUGUCUCAGCAUAUAAAGUUAAUUUGGGUAAUGUAACCAGUGAUAGACUCCACCCCCCCCCCCCUGCUCCCCAUUUGUUUAGAUCACUUGAUGAGGUAGUGUAAGAUUCAUAGUUGAUGGAGCUGAGUAAUGAAAGGAGAGGGGAAAUGAAAUGAUUAAACACGACGGUGCAAUGCAAAUACUUCCACGAUUAUUCUAACGUUAUCCCGGACGUUAUUAGCCAGUAGAAUCCGUCUAAAUCCAUACAUUCAAUUUCAUAUCAAAGUUGAUCCCUACUGGCAGACUCAUUAAUGUCUGGAUCCAUUUGUUGUUGAAUUGAUGAAUGUUCCGCUGUAUUGUGUAUGUGGCGCCACAAUACGAUAUAGCUUUCUAUAGACACAAUAGAUUUCAACUACUUUACAUUCGCCAGUCAGACAGCUCAUUCAUUUUAACUAGUACCUUUAUGAACGAUAAAGGUACUAGUUAAAAUGAAUGAGCUGUCUUUCACUUUGGAUUAGAGAGAAAAAUACCCAGAAAAUUUAAAGAAAACUAAUCUUCAUCACAAAGGCAGAAAUGAAUGUUCAUUUUUGAUAAGGCGAAUACGAAUUCUAUUCAUACCUCGGUACAAAGUUCUCUAAAAUCAUAAACAUCAUCCUCACUUGGGAUGCAAAUUCAAAGGCAUUUUUAUACCGUCGUUUGAAUUUUCAUACCGUUUCCAGAAGAAUUACAUAAUGUUGUGUACAAUCUUGAUUCAUCCUCAGUUGGGCCUGAUUUUCAACUUGCAAUAUCAAAAGUUUAACAGGAUCGAACCGCACAGUAGAUCAUGUGGAAACAUUUAAGGUUGGUAUGUUAGGUUUCCUUUCCUUAUGCCACAGCACAAUGAUGCAAUGUUGAAUUUGAUCAUUCCUGAUCUGUUUAUUUAUUCAAUCAUUUAUUAUUUAUUUAUUUGAAAUAAUUAAUCAAUGGAUUAAUUAAGUAUAUAUUUUUUUUAUUUGUAGUGUGUGUGUAUAUUUCAAGCGUGCCGAUGAUCUAUGACAUAUGUGUGAAAAUGUGCAUAUCAUAAAUUAGAGAGUAGAAAAUGUUCGAAUUAUUUUUCAAACAGUUCACUUCAUCAUCUUCUCUUCGCUUGUUGAAUUGUAAAACGUGAGUUACGUUUAAAACAUAUAAAUAUGUCAUUUUCCGAGCGGAUCUAUAUACGUCAUAGCGAUAAUCGUACUAAAAUAAGUUAUAUCAAUUUUAGAUAAAAACUUCUAUAAUAUAUAUAGUGAUUAAAUUAAGUCUUUGUCAAAUGCAACGGAAUGUGAAGAAAAAUAAUGAUCUGUUUUUGCCUAUCCUUCUUAAGAUGAACUAGAAACUAGGAAGGUAUGCUUAUUUGAUAGUAAAUUAUAUGUGUUUUAUCAUCUAUUUUUAGUUUAUAUUUGAUUUCAUAUUGAUCAUAUAUUCAGUCUGAAUAUUUGAUCUCCCAGUGCUGUAAAUUAAGACUGUUAAACACACAUUCCUUGUUAUAUAGUAUGGUAAACAUGUACAAGUUUGUUUUGUAGCCGUCCAGAAAUGUACAUGUAAAUCACCUGUUUUAUGAAAUGUAUUUAGUGUAUAUUAUUAUAGAAGACAUUUAUAUUUUAGAUCUUGACAAUAAACAUCUCAUUAUAUAGAACAUUGAUAGUUAAUGGUAAAAAUUACUGUAAUCAUUGUGAAGUGUUUGAUGUAAAUUGUGUAAUGUUCGUAGUAAAUUGACCUGAACUUUAUUUUGUGCAAAUACUAGUGAAACGGAUUUUCAGAUUCAUUAACCUUUCUGUAUUUACGAAUGCAGACUUGACUUUCAAAACAUUCAAGCCUUACGCGUAUAGAAUCAUGGAUUGUGAUCGUUGAAAGUUGUACAUUUCUCUUUAGACAUCGUCUCAACUUGAUCACUCCAAAAUAAUAACAUGAAGUUCGCAUCCACUUUAGUCAGUGUUUUCAUAUAUUAUAUAGUCCUAGUCAGAACUUAUAUUGUCUUCAUUAGUAGGUGUUUAUCAAAGAAAAGACAAAGCAGAUUUCCUUUCCAACCUCAUUUAAGUAGAGCAGAAGGCAGGUGGGUUAUUGUAAACAUAAAGCAUUAUCAUUUGAUGCAAUACUUCAUUUGUUACUUUUACUAGAGAUAUCAUAGUUAUAGAUCUUAAAUGGAUCUGUGUUCGACGAAAUCAUUUGAGGCUACCCUCAUAAAGAUUAACCAUGAUAGUAGUGAAUCUCCCUCUCCCCCAAAAAAACAACACAUCAACAACAAUGCAAAAACCAAUAAUGCAAUAGUGUAUUAUUUUGUUCGAACUAAUGAGUCAGGAAAUUCAUAUCGCUAAAAUAUAGAUUCCUUUUCUUUAAUUUGCAACUCCUUUUGCAUUCACGAAAUGUCCAAGAAUUCGUCAAUGUACAUGUAUAUAUGCAUUUGAAAAGCAUCUUAAUUUUUAAAUGAACAUAUCUGUCCGAGGGACUCAAAUUUAAAUAAGGAAGACUUUAUCUUUAUCUUAUAAUGUAACUAUUUGUUUGUUAAUUUGAGGUUGCCUGCAUCCCUUCUAGAGAUAUUUCUGUGAUACAUCUUUUCAGAUUCAGGUACAAUAUUCUUUCAAUUUGAAUUUCUGUCACCAUUUAUUAAUUCAACUACCUUACUGUCAAAUCAUUUAGUGCUUGUGUACAGUGUAUAGGAAAGUUAUAUUGAUUUCUUUGUAUAUCUAGGCGUUUAUUUAUUUUUGUAUGUAAAGUGCAAUAUUUAAAAUCAUUCUUUUCUGUUUUUUUCUCAUAAUUUGUUCUCUUUCCCAAACACCUCCUUUUUAUGACUUUUCGCGAAUUUAUUAACUUGAAGUAUAAUGUGUUUAUUUUAUUUUCCUUAUUAUACAAAUUUGUGCGACAUGCCAUUAUGAAACAAGAAUUACUUUGUGAUAAAAAUGAGAAUUUGUUCUCUAAGUGUAAAUACCCAUUUUAUAUAAACUUCAUGCCAGAUAUGAUUUUAAACAUCGAAUCGUGACAAAGGUUUUUACAUUUAUUAAUGGCCAAAAGAUAAAUGCAAUAGUUCGUUUUCCCCAAAUAAACCGUUUCAUCAUCCAAACUUUUUUCUGCUAUUCUAGAAAAUAGAUAUGGAUAUUUCACAAAAAGUAUGUAUCUAAGCUAACGUACAGAAUGUGUUAAAGGUCACAGAAGUAUGAAAACGGUCUAUUGGAGUAAAUUUUUAUUUGGUAUUUAUGACAUAGACAUUGGGCAAUGAACAUGUCAUGCUAUUUAUCAUCUGAUUAUAGACAAGAGGAAUGUGAUUGUACUCAAUAGAAAAAAUGUAAAGCUACAGCGAUUAUUUUCACAGGAUAUAAUCUUUCCGCUUUCUUUGGAUAUUCUUUUUUGUAAAUCACUUUGUGGCAACGUCAUGAUGAAAAUACAAAGAACUAAUUAUAUUUUAACGCGAUGUUAUAGCUUAAUAUUUUAUGACAAACAAUAACACUUAAAAAAAAAAGGAUGCUGGGUUUGUUUAUGCUACGUGGGUGACAUGCUACAUUACGUAAUUAUAACAAGAUGCAGACAGGUUAUAAUAGGCCAAAUUGUUUUUAAUUUUUAGUAGACUUAAUUUCAUUGUAUACUUUUGUCAAAUAUAGAUAUAUAAAUGUUAUAAAUAAAAACAUUUACAGAUUAGGUUUAUGUAAACAUCA